GGUAUGUGAAGGAAGAAAUGGCUGCCCUGACGAGGACGACUUGCUUCCUGGUUGUCUGGAUGAUAUUUUUAACAGUAUACCUAUGUCUGUGCUGUAUGGAAGGUGACGGUUACUUUGGCUGGCAGUGUAACACAACAGCUGGGUGUUUCUGUAAACAAGGACAGAGAUGUCAACGGACUCUAGGAACAUGUCCUGAACACUGCGUGGACAACCCCUGGGGAAUAGGAUGUCAUGAUGAAAAGAUCAAUAUAGCACAUAGGAAGCCAGCUACACAGUCAAGUACCUACAGCGAAGGUGGCGUGAGUUACCCAGCAAAUCUUGCAGUGGAUGGUGACAACAGCACAGAUAACAUGAAAUGUAUAAGAACGAACCUCUCCUACGAUCCCACCUGGAGUGUGGACCUGGGGGGCUUAUAUGUUGUUCGGAGAGUCGUAUUGAUAAAACCUACUACAUUUGACAACAUAUGUCAGUUCCAAGGUGCCCGCCUCUGCAUUAACACAGCAUCAGUGUUCAACUGCAGUUUUAGAGUACGAGAUAGUCCCGCCAAUUUUAGCUCGUUACGUCAACUUACGAAAAAUUCACGGAGGACGCAUAUUACGGUUGUGUGA